AUGAGUGCAUCCGCCUUUGGCGAAUCAUACGAUCAAUCAGGCGAUAUUGGUACUUCAGUGGCGGGACACCGACAGCAGGAAAAUGUAUGGGAAACGUUUCCACCAAUUACAACAUCUCCAUUGCCAUCGUAUAAUGGUAACAAUGAUGCAAAUCGACAACAAUGGUCUGGUUCAGCACCGCAAUCUCUACAAAUACUUUUAGGACAACAAGACGGUGGCGUGUUUUUCGAUCGUGAAUUUAGUAGCAACAUAACACAACAACAACCACCACCAUCACAAAAUCAGUGGGAUAC